AUGGCAAAGGGUAUUGCAAGAAUCGCCGUGGUCGUAUGCUCCAACAGGAAGCCUCGUGCCAAUCCGCAGAUUGCCAAUUUCGUCCUAGAGACGAUCGAGUCAACAUUUCAAGAUAGAUGGGAUCUCACACCAGAGCUGAAGGUCAUUGACUUGGGUGAGAAGAAUCUCCCCUUCUUCGACGAACCUGGUGUUCCAUCACAAAUCCACGAUUAUACCAAAUAUGCUCACGAACACACCCGCGCAUGGAGUCAAGAAGUACAGAGUUACGACGCUUUCAUCUUCGUCACACCCCAAUACAACUGGGGCUAUCCAGCCGUCCUCAAGAACGCUAUUGAUUAUCUUUAUAACGAGUGGAAGGGCAAGGCAGCGAUGAUAGUUAGCUAUGGUGGUCAUGGUGGCGGCAGAGCUGGUGUGCAAUUGAGACAAGUUCUCUGCGGCGUCCACAUGGUACCCACCAAAAAGCCCGUUGAGCUUGCUUUCCCAAAUCGAAAGAUCCUACUCGAAGCCGCUACUGGCAAAGACCUUGGCCUAGAUGGCUUCUCUGACAAAGGUGUGUGGAGUGGCGCAACCAGAAAGCAGAUCGCUGAGACAUUUGCGGAGAUGAUGGAUAUCUUGUGCAGCAAUAAACUCAAAAAAGGUCUCAAGUCAGCUGCCGUUACGUUUGGCUUCGCGAAGGAAGAAAUCCGCAGGAAAUUCAAGAAAUCAUCUGUCGACCAUUCAAAUGGCACAGAAGAAUCAAAGCGGGAAUAG